UGACUUCGGCUAGCUAUCCCGCUCCAUAAUUUUCGGCCAGAACUUCACACCGUACUGGUAAUGUUAUUGACCGAGUUAUGGGCAGGUGUGGCGUAAAUGUAUUUCUAGUUUCUGCAUGCAAGUCUGACGACUGAAAUGUCCUCAUAGGAAGCUAAUUUAAAGUCAGCUAACUUGCAACCUAAGCAGCAGUGCGUUGUUAACAUGGAGCCAAACGAUAUGAUGGCGCUAAGGGAUGACUCGAGGAAUGAGGAAGAGGUGCUUAACAGCUGUCCUAGUAACUUCCAUCAGAAUGAUGCUAUGGAAAAUGUUCCUGAAUCAGUAGACUUGAUUACACAGAGGGAGAAGGUUCAACAACAAAUUUUAGCACUUGAAAAAUAUUUUGACGCAGAUGGCAAUUCAGAUGUGUCAUCAUGCAGCUCCUUAGAUGGCGACUCAGAAGAUGGUGAUGAUGACACGUUGGAUAAUGUAAGCAGCCUUGAUGCAAAGCAUUUAAAGAUUCAGUUAGAGAUAAAACAAUUGGAGGAGAAGCUUGGCCUGGGUACUGAUCAUCUAAGUGAUGAUGGGGGCAGCUCUGAAAGGGCAAUGAGUGAAGAAAACAGCGAUGACGAGGAUUUUGAACUACCUUUGAAUACAGAAACCUGCUUGGAAAUGAACCUGGUAUAUCAAGAAGUGGUGAAAGAGAAGUUGUCAGAACUUGAAAAACUUCUGCAGGAUAACAAACAACAACAGAGAGAGCUUGAGGGUCAUGUGCAUGGCUCUGCUGCUUCAAAUCCACGGGUGCCAUCAAAUAAUUUAUUUAUUGGAAACUUUAUGAAACCCUACUUCAAGGACAAGGUCACUGGUCUGGGACCUCCUGCAAAUCCUGAAGCUAAAGAGAAAAUGAUUUCAGGAACAAAGCCUUGUGAUGAGAAAUCUAUCAAACGAUGGGAGGGAUGGCAGAAGUCUUUAUUAAUCAGUGCAGUCGUCCAAGACACGAUGAAGCGUCUGAUUCAGCCCAAACUGUCCAAAAUGGAGUACUUAAGAGACAAAGCCUCGAAAGUUGAAGGAACGGAGAAGGAAAUGCUACAAAAGCAAAUUCAAGACCUAGAUAUGGGAAUUGCAAAAAUAAGAGCAUUAAGUGAAAAUGACCUGAUGGGAGAACGUAAUGAUGACCAUGACUGGGAGAAAAUAUCAAAUAUCGAUUUUGAAGGCAAGCGAAAGGCUGAGGACUUGAAACAGUUCUGGCAGAACUAUUUGCACCCCUCUGUAAACAAGUCCUCAUGGAAGCCAGAUGAGAUUGAGAAACUCAAAUCCAUUGUCGAGGAGAACCAAGGUCACAACUGGGAGGAGAUUGCAGAACAAAUGGGGACCAACAGAACAGCCUUCAUGUGCUUUCAGACACACCAACGCUAUAUCUACAAAGACUUUAAGAAAAGAGAAUGGACUAAAGAGGAGGACGAUCAUCUCAGACAUUUGGUGCAGAAAUAUCGUAUUGGAAACUUCAUUCCACACACACAGAUAUCCUAUUUCCUGGAUGGGAGGGAUGCUAGCCAGGUGGUAUAUCGUUGGGGUCAAGUUCUUGAUCCUUCCAUCAAAAAAGGUCCCUGGUCUAAAGAUGAGGAUGAGUUGUUAUUGAAAGCAGUAGAGAAGUAUGGUGUCCCGAAUUGGUGGAGAAUCAGAUUUGAUGUACCAGGCCGGACGGAUUCACAAGUUCGAGACAGAUAUUUGGACUGCCUCUCUGAUGAUGUGAAGAAAGGCCCUUGGACUAGAGAGGAAGUGAACAUGCUGAUACGAGCAGUAAACAAAUAUGGAGUUGGUAAAUGGGCUAAGAUUGCAUCUGAGAUUCCGAAUCGCAUUGACAGUCAGUGCCUACAAAAAUGGAAACAAAUAAACAAACGCAUGAUAGCAAGAAGGAGCUUUUCAAACUCCUCCAUCUCCCAUCUCCUUGACUCCAAAAGAAUUUUGACUAAGCAGACAAGGGAAAAGAGGAAGAAAUUCGGAGAAGUGAAAAAGAAAGACGAGGACAGCGAGGAUGAAGAAGAUGAAGAGGAGGUCCCGUACAUUGAAAGCGAUGAGGAGAAAAAGAGGCUAAGAAGAAAAGAAGAUAAGCAAGCUCCUGAAUCUUCUGAAUCUGAGGAGGAAGAGCCAAUUCCUCCAAAGCCUAAAUAUGUCCACCUUCCCUUGUCUAAGUGGAUGCCUACACCGACAGACGAAACCACGCGGACAACAGGAACGUUACGUUUUAUUUUGGUAAAGUCCCCUGACCUUGUGGAUCCAGUCCAGAGUAGUACCCAAAGUGUUAGACCUGACUUCCAAUUGCCUGCUUUUUACACUGUGUUGGACGGAAGUGGUCAACCGAUCAACCGCGUAAAAACACAGCUGUACCAGACACCAAAGACACGGACUUAUGAUGAAGAAAUGAUCCUAGUUUCACAACUUGAUGUAAAAAACUUUGUUCGCAUGGUGGGAGCCAGCAUUCUCAAAAAGAGGGACAAAUCGAGACAAAACACAGGCAAUGCUGGAAGCAUGCAGAUGUCUAAACUAGUGAACCAUGGAGCCUCCGGUAGUGGUGCCUGUAAGGGUCCCAGAAAGGCUGCUCGUGUCCCGGCGUUGCUGGGACGAGGUGAAUCGAAAUCCUUCUGCAGUCAGCAGCAGCUCAAGGGAGCCAUUGCCUCAUGGAUGGGCAGUUUACUCAUACCGCUGCCAUUGUCUGAGAGACAAGAACUGGAAGCGGAUGUUCUGAGGAAGCGCUCAGCUGAAGUUGAGCUGUCAAGUACUACAGUCUUCUGGUUGUUUUUGAAGAUUCUUCAUAUUGAUGCAGCGGGUUGCAAGAAGGUGAUUUCAGCUCGAAAGACUCCAGGUCCUACUGGAACCCAUCCUAGCCCAGGAGUGUCUACAUCUGCAGCUCAGCCGACGGUUAGCAUGCUGAUCAAACAGAAGCAGCAAAGUGAAAAAGCUUCAGUAUCCUCGCAGGUCAGUCACAUGCAGCCCCAGCAGCAUCAGCAGGUGUUGUUCCAGCUACAGCAACCUCAGCAGAUCCAGCAUCCUCAGCCAAUGCAGACUCAAGUGGUCCAAGUGGCACAGCCUCUGAUUGCUCAGCAGUUACAGCCCUGUAAAAAACAGCAAACACCAUCUCAGCUAAGGUUUCCACAGAUGCCUCAAAUCUUUCUAAUGCCUGUAAUGCCCCCUCAGUCCACACCUAGCAAACCUGUUAGCACACCUGUUUCCAAACCUGAAGGUACCAGGCCAUCUAAGCGCACAAGGAAACCUACUACUAAAGCCAAGGAGCUAAUGGAAGAGGCAGCUUCCAAUGCCAAAAACCAUCCCCAACGUAAGAGACCACGCCUGGACAAAUACGUCCAACAAGCGUCUCCGGUCGCCUGGAUUAUUACUCCAACUGUGCAAAUGCCUGUGAGCACCCAAGACCCAAGUAAGCUGGUUGGCAACAGCAUACUGACUCAUUCACCAGCAGCCGGUUCCACUUCAUCCAGCCCUUCUACUUGUACAAGUAGCAUCACCCAAGCAAACAUUCCUGUAAACAUGCCUGGUGUCCCCCCAGGUACCAUUGUCUUCAGUUUGUCCAAUGUCCCUGUCCCUACCCCUGUCAUGAUGCCAGCUGGUACCAUGCCCAACUUAGUCAGGGCCAGUACCCCCGGCACCCCAGUGACCACUUCUUCGCCCAGCGUCCAAGAUAGAUGCUCUACAGCGUCCCCAGCCAUGACGUACUUCACCACUUCACCUCUUGCCACAUCGCAAGCAUUACCAUCAGCUCCUGGAACAGCAGCACAGAGGCCCCCUCUGCUCAAAACAAACCCCCUCUUUGCCUCUCCGUUGGCUGCACCUGGUCAAAGUCCAGCACGCCUCCCGACCGCCGAUCACCCCUGUGGUCACGGUGCCUCGGCAUUUGGUUACAUUGCUACCUGCACCCAAUCGAAAUCAAACUCCAGACUCUGGGAAUUAUUAGAUCCAAACCUCAUGUUCAUGGAGGACGUUAACACUGUGCAAAGCUGGAUGAAGGAGAGGAGUGGGGCUAUCUCUCAGUUGGAUCACCCUCAGCCAUACAUCCCACCCUUUGUAAGCAGCAUCAAAACUUUGCAGAGUCUCAUGAAGGCCAGGACAUCAUUGUUUAAAGAUUCUCUAAAGGUCCUACCUGUCAAUCUCAGAGAGGCAGCUAGUGAUGAAAAGUCUGAGGAGCAGUUGGUGGCUGUGAGAAGAUUAGUAAAGAAGAAGUUUGACACCAAUCCAGCUUAUGCGUCUCUCAAGGCUCGUUUCCUGUCCUGCUUUGCUGUGCCAGCCCUCUUGGCCACCAUUGAUCCAGCCAAGGCGCUCCCACUCACAUUUGAUGACCUGGAAUGAUUUCAUUUGAACGCAACGAGGGAAAGGCACUUUAUAAUUGUUUUUUUUUUUUUAAUUAAACAAUAUAUUCUUAUAUAUUCACCCCCUGUUUAGCACCAAUUCUCACAACACCUUACCUCUUGAAUGCUCAAGAAAUGGUUUUAACUGUGAAUAGGAAUGGGGUAUUUGAAAACACUGUGAGGGCAUUUGUUAAGUUGUCAAAAAUAAAUGUGCUGUUACUUGGAAAUGAAAAUACUAUUUCAGGCUUUAAGACCAUGAUGGUUAAUUCAUGAGCCCUGUCCUUACUCUAAGAUGUAAAAUGGGAUCGCUCAGCCUCAGUUCAUAGGAAUAUCAACUGAUUUUUGUCCUGACUGUUGGUCAACGGUGUGCAGUUAUGGAAAAGGAAAAAAGCCAUGCAAUCAAUCCUUUGCAGUACUUUUUUUUAAGACUGGAAAUCGGUCCGUGGGAAAUUAGAGCACAGUUAAGGGAUUCUUAGAUCAGCCAUUAUCUUGGAUUGCACAAUGACCAAAUUGGCAUUCUUUAAGCAUUUCUUUUCUUAAUUGAAUUUAAGGUUGAUAGAUAGACUUUCCGAAAUAGGCUUCAAAACAAAUGUGUCUUGUACGAUAACGAUACUUAACUCUGGUAUCGUGCUGUUUGCAUAUUUUAGUUCACAUUGUUUUUACAUUCACUGUCAAACAUGUUUGUGUUGUAUUUAUUUGUGUUGCCAUGUUGUCUAUCUUUCAAGAGAUAGUUUGCACAUGCACAGGUGUUGUGCUUGGGCAUACUUUGUAAAAAUGUCAAUAAAUCAGUUAAUGGUUCUGUUAAA